UAACAGGUCGCAACAAAAAAUUGGAGUAGUUUGGCUGUGCCGUCUUUGAUGUUAUCUCUUGUUCCACUCAGUUGUCGCUCAUUGGUUGCCUUCUUAAUGAUGGAAGACAAGUUCAUUAAUGAGGAAAGAGAGUCUCUAGUCUGAAAUUCAGAGAAAGAUAAAAUAGAUUCCUUACAAUAGUGAAUCGACCAAUUAAUGUUUCUCAACGUAAAAAAUAGAUCCCAGUUCUUGCUUUAAAAGCGCUAUGUACUAUUUAUGUAUUUGCAAUUUCCUGCCACACCAUUUGCCCAGAAGCUACUGUUCUACUCUAGGGACGACACUGAAGAUUCUGUCAAAUACAUCAGUGGGACAAUUCUUGAUGAUCGCCCGAUUCGUGUGGAUUUUGAUUGGGGAUUUCAAGAAGGUAGACAAUGGGGCCGCGGUAGGAGUGGUGGAUAGGUGCGCGACGAAUAUCGUACCGACUAUGAUCCAGGUCGAGGUGGUUAUGGAAAAUUGGUCCAAAAGGAAUUGGAAGCACAAAGGCAGCUUGUGGAUUAUGGUACAGGAUCAUUGGGCGCUUACCCACCAGUUAUGCCUCCACCUCCAUACCUAUAGACGUGGUGGAAAUCAUGGUCAUGGAGGUUCUUAUCGGCAAGGUAGAGACUAUCAUCGCAAGCGACACAGGGAAGAUGACCACCAUCGGUCAGAUUAUCCAAAGAGGAGUUAUGACCGUGAAUCUCGAAGAAUCUCUAAUCAUGAAUCUAGACCGGAGAAGAAUCCACGUUUCCGUGAGAGUGGUGAUUCUGAUGAAGAGGAAGAUGAUGAUAGGAAGCGGCGUACUUAGUUUUAUUUCCAGAUGUAGAUUGCUAGGAGAA